AUGGAGGCCUUGACAACUGUCUACUUUAAAGAAAUCCAUGCCGUUUACGGAUUUCUGGACGAAAACAGUGUUCGCCGGCUGAUAGCCACACGCUGGUACGACAACGCCACUAUGCAAUCAUACGACUGUGUCGAUUCUGUCCUCUGCGGAAUUGCCGCCCUAGGCUGUGUGUUCUCCAAACAGCCGUUGAGCCUUGAAAUGCAGCUUGCGAAAUCCGCCCAGGCUGCUCUAGCACAGUCUGUUCUACUCCCGACCCCAUCCACGGAUGAUGUCGUGGCUUGGUUACUUCGGGUCAUGUACCUGAGGCUGACCGCCUCACCCCAUAUCACCUGGAUGGCGACCUGUACGAUGAUGCACGUCCUGGAAGCUGCCCGUCUACACUUUGAUGAGGGUGACGAGCCGCUUCCCUCGGGCAACGGCGCAGAAGGAGGCCGAGAGAGCCGUCGGAGGAUCUACCUAGUCGCCCAGCUGUUCAAUAUCUGGAUCUCGUUUGACUGUGGCCGAUCCAGGGUCGAAGUCCGGGGUGCCUCGUGUCAGCUUCCGUCGCCCGAUGCUAGCGGCAUCAAACCCGAGUUACUCGAACUCUACUUGGUCUCGGAGAUUCUCUCCCCCGACAAAUACCAGACUGUGCCCGAGCUGGAGAACCUGUUGCGGAGGGCCCUCGACGUGAAGUCCGCGCAGCCCAUGCUGGUGCUGGUCCAGUGUAACGUGAUGCUCUGCAUCUACCGACGACUACGGGUGCAAGGGUCAAGUCCCAACACGGAGACCCUAGAGCGGAUGCUGUCGGCUUUGUCCAAGGCCGUCGACGCCGCUCGCGCCCUGCUGAGGACCGAACGGCCAUGGUGGCACGUCGCCAACGUGACCUUCCAAGCGGCCUGCGCCCUCCUCGCCAUCGACACGAGCCUGUCUCUCGCCCAACUCAUCCAGCCCCUCAAGGCUCUGGAGGAUGUGAGCGCACAUUACAAGACGAGCGCGACGCGGGAGGCCUACGACGCCGCGCGCGUGCUGGUCGGCGUCCACCGCAAACGCAAGGAACUCGACAUCGCCAGACUCGACGGCGUGCUCCAGGAAUGUCAACCGCACAAUAUCCCAGACUCGAAUGACAACGACCUCGACGCUUCCAACGCAGACCAAUGGUACCAUCAUCCUGCGAUGCCCGUGUCCCUGGGCACCAACCGGAUGGGCCUGGGCGAGCUUGAGUGGGAGCAGUUUUUCAACCUGGACCUUCCCUGA